AUGGUCGAGGCUGAGGACAAGUUCGCCGCGCUGAGAACCAAGAUUUUCACCGAGUCCAUCGAGAGCUCCAACGAGCCCAGGUGGGGGUACUUCGGCAUACCUGGCCCGUUGGCCAUCGGAGACAACUCGUACGCACCAAGGCUGGUAAAGAAGGUGGUGUCAGAAGAUGAGGAAGAAGUCACCAGGAACAUUCAAACCGCUCCGACAAAGAAGGGAACGACGCCAGACGUCUACUUCAAGUUCGAAACACCUCUGGGACUUGGCGAUCCGUUUACUGAUCCUGGGUCUGCGAUGAAGAAGGGGAAAAUGUGGAUGUUAGAUCCGGAUGCCGCCUUCAAACCUCCGGGAACAGUGAAGACAGGCAUUAACAAGCUCGGUUACGAGUAUGUCGAUCACUGUGACCAAGUCAAGGACCCGAAGGCAGUCAAGGAGAAGUAUGCAGAAUGGACUCCUCCUCGCAACAUCUUCGGCGGAAAUUCCAAGAGAGGUGGGCCAGGAGUUCUGACUGGAGGGGUGCUCUUUGGCUUCGGGGAGCCGGGAGCUUUUCCGGAACAUGUUCCAGACGACUACGACGCCGCGAGGAAGCAGCGAAAGAAGGAGCUGGAGGAGCACCAUAGCAAGGUCCAGGAGCAGCCUUUCAAGGGCAUCGACUACGGCAAUCGGUUCUUCCAGAGCAAUGAGGAAGCAUUUGGAGGAUACGAGCAUCCUACCCAUGUCCCGCGCGAUCCUCCGCCGGACAAAACGGCGAAAUACCCCCAUGAGUCGGCUUUCCGGCCGACCAACCCGAUGAAGAGAGAUGCCGUGGGCUGCCUCAUGGGCGGAAUUCCAGAGUAUAUCCCCUGUCCAGAAGAACCUCUCAAACGGAAGCCAAAGGACGAGGAUGCACCGCCGGCUGCCUGCCAUGGGUGCUCCACGGCAUGUGGUGAAGCCGACGCCAUCUGUCACCACACUCACUCGCAACAUGCGAAACGAACGCCCGUCAAGCUUCAUGCGACCGAUCUUGUGACGGCCCGGGCUCUGGCCGCUGAGUUUCACAGCAACGAGAGCACCGUGCGCUCGAACAAAAAAAGACUGUAUAUGCUACCAGGUGAAAACUGGCGCCUGGCUUGCCUCGCCAGAAGGGCGAAGCGAUGCGAAAUGUUUCACUCCAGUCGUGCUGUGCAUGGGACGGCAGAAUCGAAAGAUUCAGAUACUUGUAUGUAUAGUUACAGGCAUGGGGCCGUAUGUUCAAUGCUGAGGGUAAUCCCAGUGCCGCCGCGCCAGCCUUCGUGCGAUUUGCAUGUCGCAAUGGACCAAACAGAGCUGAGCGGGCAGACUCAUUGCUGA